ACGGACGGGACUUAGGACCCAGGAGCGAUUGCAAUCUUGGACAGGAAGGGCAGACUGCGCAGACAUCAGUGGAAUGAUCCUGGUACCCUCUCCCCCUCUGCACGUCCUUUCUGCAAAGAUUAAACCCCUCUGGAACCUCGUCGCGUUGGGCAGAAGGGGACAAGGCAUUUGCAAUAGUUGCUUGAGAGCGAGAGGGGAUAAAUAGAAGGAAAGGCUUUUCGAUGGAGCUGGAAGGUGCUUUGGGGAAACUGAUUCUGUAGGGAAAAGCGGGGCGGGGUAGAGGACUGUGCAAUUUAUCGAUGCACACAUCAAGAGAUCUCCGACUCAGACAAUCUCAACCCCUCUCUCUCCAUCAGCGACCAUGAGCUACACACACUAUCUGCUUUGUGCAUUGGGUUGGUUAUGCUUCAAUCUUGCAAUUGCCAAUGAGGCAGAGACACACGUACGCCCGGCUGCCCCAGGGGAAGAUCUCGCCACUGUGACUUCCUUAGACUUCCCGUCGACAGAAGUGCAAAAGGAUGUCUCGGGGAAAGUUGCGGAUCAGUUGGACGCUGAGCUGUUAACAAUGGCUGGGAGUUUUCAGGAUGAAUCAAUCAACUCGCAGUCACUAUCGUCUGGGACCUCCGAUGCCCAAGAGAAGCAAGGAACGACCUCAGACGGCAAGAUGAUGGUUUCGCUGCUUCCGUCGGCACAAGGGCCAGGAGUCUUGCCUGGUGAACCAACAGGUCAAUUUGCUUCUACGUUGGAGGCUUGGCUUUCCCUGGCUGCUAAGUCCACGGCACCAGGCUUCAUGCCAACCAUCUUGUCAACCAAAGCCACCUUAGCAAGACCGAGCUCUGUGCCACUUGCGUCCUCCGCCACGUUGGACCACCCGACCACCCAAUCUUCUCCAGAUGUGGACGAGGACCUUCUGCCCACGUUGCCUCCCACAGCACGAGUGCCAGUGGUCUACUUGGACCUUCCCACCACCGAUCCCCAGCCCGCCUCUCCUUCCCACCCGCCACUACGCCAUCCGAGCACGGUGGAUGCCAGCGGACACACCGAGGAUGGAGGCUCCGUCCUGUCGGAAGACCCCCUCUCCGGGACCCGGACAGGGGUGGGAUCCACCACCCUAGAUACGGACUACAGGAUCACCAUGGAAACGGAUUCGAACGUGGAGGAAGCGGGACUCUAUCCCGAUGAGUUCCACGAAUCCAAAAGCACCACCGGCAGAACGCAACCAGAGCAGACCAUGCAGGUUGUCUGCAGAGACUGGAGCAAGUUAGCUGGAAAGAGUUACGUCAUCUUGAAUAUGACAGAAAACAGCGAAUGUGAAGUGUUUCGGUCUGACAGAGGGUUGGAGCUGCUGAAGAUCGUGGCUGAGACCUUCUCCAGGAAGCUGAGCACUCCCGCCAACUCGUGGCUGGUCUCUCUGAGCAAACCCAACGAGGACGAUCGGCAUCUCCUAAUGAUGCUGGCGAGCGACCGAGGUACGAUACCAGCGAAGGAAGUCCUUGCAAUGUUGGGCGACGUCAAGGAGAACUUGAAAGAGAUCGGUAUCCAGAACAUCACCUCGGCGACGGGUUGCCAAGGGAAACCGAGCCAGCCUCGCGGGGAUUAUGGGAAACUCUUUGUCGUGUUGGUCAUCAUUGGCUCCAUCUGUGCGGUCAUCAUUGUGUCUGGCAUUGUCUACAUCUGCUGGCAACGUCGGCUUCCAAAGCUGACGCACAUGCCCCACGGUGAGGAGCUCCACUUCGUCGAGAACGGUUGCCACGACAACCCGACCUUGGACAUCACGAUCGACAGCACGGUGGAGAUGCAGGAGAAGAAGCCCAGUGUCAAUGGCGAUGCCAGGGAACGUUCCGGAGGCUGGAGUGCCCUGGUGAACAAAGGGCCGAAGGACGAGGGGGACAGCUUCGAGGAGGACACGCACCUUUGAGAACGUCCCUCACUUGAAAAUAGAGUAGAGCCCAUCGCUGCUGAUGGACCCACACACUUUACACAGAGGAUUGCUGCUUUGUAAACCAACUAUAUUCCUUUUCUUUUGUGCUGUGGAAUCCUCAAGAACUCCAGCAUCAGCACCAAAAUUGGGCGUCUUUGACUUUGUUACCUCCGUGUCUUGGAAUAGUACCUUGGACACACAAAUGUUGGGGGGGGUUUGCCACUUACUAUAAGGGGAAGACCUAGAACAGAAGACCAAUAGUCAACUUCAGAGGCCCAAAUAUGUUUUGAUCCAUGGCAUGUCUUGGAGUGACAUUUUGGGCAUUUUCUACAUUUCCGAAUUCAGACUGCGAACUUACUUGAAAAGGGCUCGAUGCCCAUAUGAAGGGCGAACAUGUGAUUGGCAUUAAUAAUACUUUGUGGGUGGGGAAGGAUCUUCAGGCUUGGGGGUUUGGACAUUGCUGGCCAAGUCAGCAUUUAUUAUCCAUCCUUUGGUCAUUGACCUGAAACGUUACCUCUGCUUGCUUCUCUCUCCUUGGACGCUGACUGAAUAGCAAUAUAUUAACAAUGUCAAUUGGGCCAUCACAUCUUGUCCUUGAGAACAUGUUAGACAGAGGUAGUAGUUGGGGAAGGUACAAUGGCAACAUUUGGACAGCUACAUGGAUAUGAAAGGUUUAGUGGGAUAGGGGCCGGGAGCAGGUAAAUGGGACUAGCUUGGAAUUGGUCGGCAUGGACUGGUUGGGCUGAAGGGUCUGUUUCUUUGCUGAACGACCCUAUGAUUCUAAUUUUUGAGGGAACCAUAUUUCUCAAUGUAAACUAGACCAGGGAAAGUCAGCAGACUUCAUACUUUAGACCUUAUACUUUAGAGAUACAGCGCGGAAACAGGCCCUUUGGCCCACUGAGUGUGUGCCGAGCAGAGACCACCCUGUGCACUAAUACUAUCCUACACGCUUGGGACAAAUUACAAUUUUACCAAAGCCAAUUUGACCUACAAACCUGCAUGUUUUCGGAGUGUGGGAGGAAACCGGAGUACCCAGAGAAAAUCACAUGGUUCACAUGGAGAACAGACAAACUCCAUACAGACAGCACCUGUAGACUGGAUUGAAGCCGGGUCUUUGUUGCUGUAAGCAGCAGCUCUACCACUGCACCACCGUGCCGCCGUAGGCAGCUCAAACCCUAGAAAUCUGUAAGUGUGAUUCUUUAAUCCGUCACCCACCCAUCGGACUGUUUCCCAUCAACUAUUGCUUGGUUUCUCUCCUCAUCUCCAGUUAAUGUGUGAUUACCAAAUUCUUCCAGUUGUGAACGGGAGAUAUUUCAUUUGGCUGUUUCUCCAACAAAGUGUUAAUGGUCUGAUAAAGACACAAAGAGCUGAAGUAACUCAGCGGGUCAAACAGUAUCUCUGGAAAACAUGGAUAGGCGAUGUUUUGGGUCGGAACCUUCCUUCUUUACAGCAUCUCCAUGUUCUCCGGAGAUGCUGCCUGACCCAUUUAGUUACUCCAGCACUUUGUGUCUUUUGUUGUAAACCAAUAUCUGCAGUUCCUUGUUUAGUUAGUGAUACAGCAUGGGAACAGGCCCUUCGGCCCACCAAAUCCAUGCCGACCGUCGAUCACCUGUUCACACCAGUUCUGUGUUAUCCCACUUUCUCAUCCACUCCCUACACAUUGGGGCAAUUUACAGAGAGCAAUUAAUCUACAAACCCACACGUCUUUGGGAUGUGGGAGUAAACCGGAGCACCCAUGUGGUCACAGGGAGAACGUGCAAACUCCACAUAUAAAGCACCCGAGGUCAGGAUCGACCCAGUAGUUCCUUGUUUCUACCUAAUGUUCAGAUAGACUUGGUCAAAACUCCUUGGACUUGUUUCCGUUGUGUUGGGUCUGUUGUAGAUCAUUAACAGAGACUAAAACUGUGAUAGUCAAUAACUCCAUUGCCAUCAGCACUGCAGUAGAAGGUGAACCGAGGAGCCCUUGUCUCUCUGACUCUGGUUCUUGGCAUGUUCCCUAUUGGAGCUGAUUACUUCAAUUGAAAUAAAGUUGGUAUCAACCUGAA